GCCAACUUCAACUUGGAAGAGCCGCAGAAGUUGGCCGCGUACCUGAAGUAUGCAGACAUCCGUCUUCUUCGGGUCAAGUACCUCUACGAGCUGUUGCGUCAGGAGAAGCUGCUGCCCAGACGCCAGGAAGCGGAAGACUGGGGCCUCGUAAGCCACGAGGAGGUGAGUGAGUGGGCAGCAGGGACCCGAGACGCGAUGCUCAUUUCUGUUUCACAUGCCUGGGAGACCCGUGAACACCCGGAUCCCUGCGGCGACCAGUUGAAACGGCUGGUCAACUGCUUAAGCCUCUACGAUGCUGCCUAUUUUUCUGAGAUUUGGGUUUUUUACGAUUAUGUAUCUCUCUUUCAAUACGAGCGGCAGACAGACGUGGAAUACGAGAGCGUUCGCAGAUCCAUGAGCCACAUGCAUAUGUGUUAC